AACGGGCAAAGUUAGCACCGCCAUAUAGACGGCACGCAACAGCUGUCAAUUCCUUCGGUUUCAAAAGCAUUUCAAAUUCCUCAAUUCAUCCCAAAACCUCUUCCCCAUCGUCUGUUGACAAUGGCAACGACGAGUUCUGGGAAGCGAUUCCGAGUCUUCGAGUUCGACGAAGCCGACGAGCGGGUCGAGAAGGCCUCCAAGAAGAAGAUGAGCAAAUUCGGAAACCGCGGGCCUGAUCAUCCCUCCCUCAGCAAAUACCAAUUCCUUCAAUACUUUGCACCGGGAACUGGAAGCAAACAGAAUGAUGUCAGCAAUGAAAUCUUAGAUGUUGAUGCUAGUGAUGAUGGUGGCAAACGGGCAGUAUCUCAGUUGGAUGACACCAUGCAAUCCGGUUCUUCAAACUACAAAACUACUAAUUUUCAUAAUCAAAUUGAUUAUCGGUGUUCUUCUUUUGGCCUGAACUCCAUUGAAGCUAGAGCUUUGAACCAUGGAAUCAUGAGUACAGCCAGCAAGCAUGCAGAGAGUACUCUACCUCAGUGUCUGCCUAAUAACGAACCAGUCACCAUAGAUUCAGAUGAUGAUACCAGCCCAGAAUUGGCUUCAUUGAAAUCUGACUCUGGUGCUGUACAGGAUGAAGGUCAACUUGAAGAACAGAAACUGGAGCAUUAUUCUAAUGGAUGUGUCACUGAUGCCACUGUUGUUGUUUCCCCUGAUUAUAUCAUAUACGGAGAUAUGUACUGUUCCAAGUCUCAGUUAACAUUUUCCUGGAGCUUGGUCAAACUUGAGGGGUCAGUAGAAUGUGGAAUCAAGGGACCUGUUAGUCUUGAGUGGACAGUAGAUGAUAUCAUUGAUAUUGAAUCACAGUGGUGUGGACAGGUUCAAACAGCUGUGGUAAACAUCUGUUUAACAGCCAAUGAUCGAGAAGUAGCCGAAAGAAGUAAUACAAGCAUUACAGAGUUGAAGUUUGCAGUUUUUGAUCCAAAUUGGUCUGAAAAGCAGGAAGCAAUCAAAUCAUUGGAUGUGAGAUACAAAGCCAAAUGGAAACAUUUCUUUUAUACUAACAAAGCAAGGAUUGGAGAUGCUUGUCCAGGGAACAACAUAUUCUUGUCAAAGCAUUACUUUUCCAUUCCCAGUGAUUCCUUUGAAGUUAUUUAUCCUGAAGGAGAUCCUGAUCCUGUUUCCAUUGGUAAGAGAGACAUUGAGUUAUUGAAGCCUGAAACAUUCCUCAAUGAUACUAUCAUUGACUUCUAUAUAAAAUAUCUAGGGAAAAAAUUAUCACCAGAGAAGAGGCAAAAGUUCCACUUUUUCAAUAGUUUUUUCUUUCGGAAGCUCGCUGGUCUAGAUAAAGUCCCAUCUUGGGCUUGUGAAGGAAGGGCUGCUUUUCAACGUGUCCAAAAAUGGACCAGAAAAGUGAAUCUUUUUGAAAAGGAUUAUAUUUUUAUUCCUGUAAACUUCAGUCUACACUGGAGUUUGAUUAUCAUUUGCCAUCCUGGUGAUGUAACUAAUAGUGAAGAUGAACAUGUGGAGAAAAUGCGUAGGGUACCAUGUAUUCUGCACUUGAAUUCUAUUGAAGGAAGCCACAGAGGACUUAAGAAUCUUAUUCAAAGUUACCUUUGGGAAGAGUGGAAAGAGAGGCAGAACCCACUAUUAGAAGAUCUUUCCUCAAAAUUCUUUAAUUUACGGUUUGUCCCUCUUGAGCUACCUCAGCAAGAGAACUACUAUGACUGUGGCCUCUUCUUGCUCCAUUAUGUGGAACUUUUUGUGAGUCAAGCUCCUGUUGACUUCAGCCCUUUCAGAAUAACAAAGUUCUCUAACUUCCUUAGUAAGAAUUGGUUCCCCCCUGCUGAGGCUUCACUUAAACGUGCUUAUAUCGAGAAACUGAUCUAUAAAAUUGUUGAAGAGAAUUCUCAGAAAACACCCACCUCUCCUUGCAAUGAUUACAAACAUUCUCCUCCUCAAUUAUCUGGAAUAGAUGAGGCAGGCUCUGCUAUAUGUCUUCUGCUAGAAACUUCCAGGGAGUUAGAGCCAGGAGCAGCUGAAGGAUGCCUUUUUGAGUCCUCGUGGAAAAUGGUAUCAGUUGGCCAAUCAAAAAAUUUCAUGUCACCAAUAGAGGAAGGCGAUGAGAACCAGAAGCAAUUUGCUCACUCACAAAUAGAGAACACUGGUGUCCAGCAAUUGGCCGAAGCAUUUGAUGACCCUUUGAUGGCCACAUAUUCUGCCCCAGAAUUGCCACAGUUUGAUGCAUUUUCAGGAGCAUCUGCUGGUGCAGACCCCAUGUUGUUGGAGAAUGAAAUAAAUGAAGCUCAGCUGCUAGAGGAGGACAACCAAGAAUCCGAUUCUCCCUCAACAUCAAGCAGCUCCUUCGAAGAUUAUUAUGUCAUUGAUUCUGAAGACGAAAAUGAGACAUCCAAUGUUGGUGAGAUCAAAGAAUCGCCUUCCCACCAACGAAACGUUGUUUGCUUGUCCGAUCCAGAGGCACAGUCCAUUUCAUCGGAGGAUGGUGCAGAUGAAGUUCACCACCAGUCCGAGGAGUCAGACCCUGCACGGGGGAGAGACAAUUCUGGAUCUCCCUCAACAUCAAGCGGUGUACCUGAAACCUAUGUUGUUGAGGACUCUGAAGAGGAUGUCAAGUCAGAUUGAAAAGCCGACUUCCCACCUGCAGAAACCUCCUGGCUCGGCCAAUGGCAGAAGCUGAUCACUCUGUCCAAUAAAUGGUGGUUAUAUAUUCGAGCCAACUAUAUGCAAGGCGUGUCACGACUAGAAGUAGUUGUGGCUGCCGGAUUGCAAAAGAGGCCCAUUUACAUCAUUCCUGAGAACAAGUACAUAUUCAUCCUCUCUUCUGGAUGAUGGUGUGAUCCACCAGCACCUGUUUUAACAAAAGCCGGAUAGGUCUGCAGUGGGGAAGGUGGCUAGGCAUUUUAUUUCUCAAUUCUCACCCUUCUUGUAGAGAGAUUUCUCUUCUCUCCUCAUGUAACUAGAUGUUGUAUCUUUUUGUUUCUCUUCUCGUGACUAGUCACCUUUUCUGUCGAGACUUUAGAUUUUAAGUUUGAGUGGUGUGCCCUUAAAUGCCCUUAAAUAUUUAGAUAAUCACCUAUUAUAUUGUUUAUAACUUCUUAUUAAGUU